UAAUCCAUUAGCGACAGCAGCAGGGCAGAAAAAACUACAAGUAAACGCGGGUUCGUUAAAAUGAUAAUGCCCUGCUGUCAUAAUCUUCUGUUCUUGGUGAUACGGAUAACACUUGUUGAAUAACACGAAAAUAUCGUAGGAGAAGUGAGAGCAACAAUCGGUGCUCAUCAAAUGCGUGUGUACUAUACCUGUAGAUCACAUACAUAAAUUAUGGAGUUCAAAACUUCAUAUAAGCUCCACAAGGACAACAGAUAUAUUGAAAGGGGUCGGCAUUCAAGUAGGAGCUCUGGGAAAGACAGUAAAGGUUUAUUUCAAAACCACCUGAAGACAAGCAGUGACCACAGCAUUGGAGAUCGGGAGAAAUCUGAAUCUCGAAAUUCUGACCAUAAAAAAAACUCAGACUGUGAACAAAACAGUGAAUCUUACUAUUCAGAUGAUUAUGAAGAUGAUUCCCAUUCAUCCGUCGCAUCUCAUUCUCCUAGUUCACAGUCUAGGUCGAUUGAACCCAGAAGAAGACAUCAAAUAAAGAGGGUUUCCAGCGGUCCAUUGCAAACAAGAGGACAUAAAAAGACCAGCUUAAAAAAUUUGUCAAACAAACCUGGGGGGCCCCAAAAGUGGGGCUACCGCUCUCAGAGUUUAAAUAAGGAUCCUCCUGUGAAAGAUGUGGACCUGGUGACUAAGCGAAUGCUGUCAGCAAGGUUGCUCAAGAUCAAUGAGUUGAAAAACGAGCUGUCAGAGCUGCAGCAGCGCCUGGAUGAGCAGCAGAAAGAGAAUAGAGCUCUAAGGCGUUUGCAAUACCGUCAGACAAAGGCUCUCAAUAAAUUUGAGGACACAGAGAAUGAGAUUUCCCAGCUUAUUUCCCGCCAUAACAAUGAGGUGCGUAGUCUAAGGGAGCGAUUGCGCAAAUCACAGGAACGAGAGCGUACAACUGACAGGCGGCUAAAAGAUGCAGAAGAGGAAUUAUAUCGCACAAAGUCCAAUCUGCAAAAACUCCGCAAGCUAGCCGAAGACAAACAGCUGGCUGAGAGGGAUGAACUGGCCCGUAAACUAACUCAGACUGAACAAAAAAUAGAAGAGUAUGAAAGAAGGGUCAAGGAUCUGGAGAAAAACCUUGAGCUCAGUAGCAGCAGCUUUCAGAGACAGUUGGCAACAGAGAAAAAGAAGGCACAUGAGGCACAGGAGGAUGCCAAAAACCUGAAAGAGAAGCUGGAUCAACUAAGUCAGAAACUCAAGGAAAAGGAACGUGAGCUUGAUACAAGGAAUAUUUAUGCUAAUCGUAUGCUGAAGCUAUCUCCCAAGAAAGAUGAAACUACACCAAGAAAGAAAGGUGUAAUCCAGAACACAUCAAAAGCAGUACAGACAGAUGGUGACAUGCUGUCCAGUGAUUUUCCCUCACCACCUCCAUCUACAGAAUCAAAGAGUGUCUCUCAAGAAAAGGAUGUCUCUUCAAAGAACAAUGAGACAGAAGAGAAAGGAGCAGAGAAUGUUUUGUUGGCUGCCAAGGAAAAGCUGAAUCGUGAAAAAGAGAAAGAAGAAAAACUCCAAAGAGACCGUGAGCAACAAGACCUCGAAGAGAAAGCAAGGAAAUUUCGAGAAGAUUGGGAGAAGGAGGAAGCUGACAGGAGACUCAAAGAAAAUACUCUUGAACAGGAACGACUUAACAGGGAGGAGAGAGAAAAGAAUCUAAGGGAGCAAGAACAACAGAAUAUGGAAAGGAUGGAGGAAGAGCAAAGAAAAAAGGAACUGCUCCUUGCUAAGAUGAAGGAGAUUGACUUGGAAAAAGACAGUUCUGACCAAAUGUCCAGCUUUACCAACUCUAAAACAACAGGACCAGCUGAGCACUCUGUGAAGCUCACCCAGCUCUCAGAGAGUGUUGUCAAUGGCUUUCCUUCUCAUGCGGGUAAUGGUUCUGUUCUCAAAACUGAUGCCUCUGGUCGUAGAGGUCUCAAGAAGGCCAAUGCUGGUGAGCCUGUCACUUUUGGCAGCUACUCUCCAUCAUUUGGAAAAGUAACAGGAAGAACAGGGUUCUCUAACCAAAAGAGUGAAAUUGCUGAAGACAAGCACAGCUAUAGCCCUGAUUCAAAUUCCGGUAAAGACAAAAAGUCAAAUCUCAUGCAGCAGUUGUUUGGAACUACUGUUGCUGCUGAUGUCUCCACCAAGAAUGAAUUGUCUAGCCCUUUGACUCUGAAUAAAAUCACACCAGAUCCUGGAAACACUUCAGUUUGGGAAAAACAAGGGCUUGGCACUAAAAAUGAGGACGGUGUCAUUAUCAAUAAUGGCUUAACAACCAAUUUAGCUAAAAGCCGCUCACGUGUCUCAGCAGGCCGGCCUUUCUUACGGGCAGUCAAUUCACUGGAGGAUGAUAUAGAAGAAGUUACACUUUAAGGAAAGUCUUGUGUUCAGAUGCUUUGGUCCAAAAUUUUCUAGUAAGUUUUAGUUUUAUGUCAAACAAAGGUCUCUAGUCAGCAUACAAUUUUAUCUUAUGAAGAAAUCCAACGUUUCCACUUGCACAGUAAGCAGCAUGUGACUUGGGUAGUGUUUUGGGACUAAAUUAUAUUCAACCCAUAUAAAAUUUUCUACUUGCACUGAAGGUGGAUUCAACUGAAGGUAAUGAGCUUAAAGUGUAACUUAAAUUCCAUCCAGUAAAUGUAGAAUUUACUUUCUUUUAGUCCAAAUAUAUAGUUUUUUAACAUUUUAUAGUACAAGUAAAAUGUCUCCUGGAAAGUUCUGUUAAUCUUAUUUAAUCAAAACAAAGCAGAACUUAGCCUUAUAAUUUUCUAAUGAAACUAUACCACAUAGGCAGUUUUUUCCUUUGAAUCAGGUAAGCUGUGAUGUUUAGAAUGUAUCCACAUUUUGAGAAUCUCCUGAACAUUUCAGGCAAUCAAUGAGUGAUUCUAAAUAAUUUUAUUGAGCUAUAAACACCAGGUUAAUGACCUGUGAGUCACUGUGUGUGGUCUUAUGUAUCAGAAUAACAACAAUGAAGGCACUGGGGGGAUUGUGUUCCAUGUGAUCAAAAUCUUGAUUUUCUAUCUAUAUAAUGCACUCUUAAAAUAAGCAAUAAUGGAUAUUAAUAAUAGAGUUAAAUGAUAUUUACGUUUUCUUUAAAAUGAAAUAGCCUUUACUUAUAUUAUCACAAAUUAACAGCAGUACUGGAUACUCUGAAAGAUGUUUUUGUCUGCUAAGGAGAAUGUUUGGCCCAAACAAAAUGUGUGGUCAAGGUGGCCAUAAAACAUCUCUGAGGCACAAGUCAUGUUUUAGCCAUGUGCUACUUUGCUUUUAACUGACUUUUUUCUUUUGUUAUAUUAAUAUCAAGAUCAGGAAAGGUUACCACCAAGAAAAUGAAAGCACUGUGACUAGGUGUGUGUGUGUGUGUGUGUGUAUGUAUGUGUAUAUAUAUAUAUAUAUAUA